AUGCUCGCAGUCGAACGCUCUACGCUUCCAGAGGCUGUCUCUGAUAACACAGAGCUGCGGUCCGAGGAGAAGCCUGAACACACUGGACCCGAUGUUAUCCAGCCGCAUCCCCUUAUUGACGAGCUUCUGCCGCAGCAACUCGGCCGUGGCGUUCUCAUCCCCUUGAAGACAACUCUGGAAAUCCGACAAGACCACACCAUCGUCCAGGCUUUGCUUACCAGAGCCCCAGCCAAGUCUACCAAUGAUGUCGUCAAUCUUCUCCGCUCGAUGCUUCCUGAGGGUGUAGCUAACAGCUUGCCUCACCUGCGUCGAUGCGCGAAGCCAGCCGAUAUCCCGGCUCACCUCAAGACGCAGUUUAUGAACGACUCCCCGGAGGGUCGUCAAGUUCACACUGGGAAGUCGACCUGGAUCUACAUCAUGCUCGGCGAGGAGAAAGACUUCGACAGACAGAAGUUGGUAGCAUCCUUGACUGCCAUCGACGGCAUGGAGGAGAACUUCUUCCUCACCAGCAUCCCCAUUCCCCUCGUCCCGCCCACUUCGCAGGUGCAAGCGGCCAUGUGGACUUCGCAGUUCUGGCCCACAGUGUACCGGAAGAACAACCCCCUUGGACCCCAUCCUAGCAUGGUGGGACGUUCUACCGACACCAUCAGAGAUGAGACAUCUCUGUGGAUGUCUCUCGCUCAUCGUGCUGCCAUCAAAGCGAAGCAGACGGGUAUCGGCGAGCCCAUGGGAGCCGUCAUUGUCCAGCGCGAGGGCGGUAAGUCCGAGCUUGUGGCGAUUGCGGGAGAUGCUCGUUGGCACCAGGAACCCAACAGACGCGGUACCGGCAAUCCCAUGGGACACUGCGUUCUCAGAGCCAUCAGCAUGGUUGCGCAGAAGCUUGUUCGUCACGAGAGACGUGUGUCUGGUCGGCCCAACAACUCUCCCUUCCUCGAGUACGACGCUUUCCAAGACAAGCCCCUUCUUGACGACGAGAAGAUCGUCUUCGAAGACGAGCACCCCAACGCAGACGGCUACCUGUGCCACGGCAUGGAGAUGUACCUGACCCAUGAGCCUUGCGUCCAGUGCUCUAUGGCUAUCCUUCAUUCGCGCAUGGGCAAAGUCGUUUUCGCACAGCGCAUGCCGCUUACCGGGGGCAUGUGCUCUGAGGACCGUGGCCACGGUCACCCUGAGCUGGAGAGCUGCGGUGGUGGCGAGGGCCUCGGUCUCUUUUGGAGACGUGAGCUGAACUGGAGCUUGCUGGCGUGGGAGUGGGAGUCGAGCGACUGUGCUUAA